AUGCAAGAUCUUUCCAACGCAGCUGCCCUCUCAUCUACGAUCGAUAGCGCCGCCCUCUCAUCUGCACACAACACAGCCGGUGUUCACUCUUUCAGAAUGGCAGAAUCGCAAGAAGAACGUGCUGCAAGUGAGGGUCCUCAUUUAUGCACAUCACCUAGCCGAAAUUCAUUAAUGGAGGUUGAUAUAGUUGAACCGUUAGUUUGUGUUGCCUCUGAAGUUUCUGAAAAUUUAUCAAACGAACAAGAAAACUUAGCCGCCAAUGUCGCAGAGCAUGGUCACAAGUCAAACAAGUUGUCGGAUGUUAUGGAUGUUGGAAGUGAAGAGAUGGAGCCUGGUGAUGAGUUACCAGAUCAUGGUAACCUACAAGAAGAUGAGAUACCAAGAGUUGGAAUGCGAUUUCCUCAGCUACAGAUGGCGCAUGACUUUUAUGUGUCCUAUGCAAAGAAAGCUGGAUUUGCAACUAAGAUAAGGACGACAACAUUUGACAAGAUCACGAAGGCUCCCAUUAACCAGGCUAUACACUGUAAUCGCGAUGGUAUCCGCGAGUCUCGUGUUAAAGCACCAACGCGGAAGAAUACGAUUUCAGCUGCUGGGUGCAAGGCAAGGAUAUAUGUAAAGUUUGAUAAAGACGUGCAAGACUGGGUUCUGCUCAAGGUUGACUUGACGCACUCUCACCCUUGUUCACCGAAAAAGGCAGUGCACUAUCAUGAGUAUAGGCAGUUGACCAUGCAUGCGAAGUGCGUGAUCGAGGAUAAUGAUGAGACUGGGAUUCGACCAAACAAGACAUUCCUUGCUUUGUCAAAUGAGGCUGGUGGCCCCUCUAACUUGGGAUUCUCAGAGAAGGAUUUAAGAAACUAUAUAACAGCAAGGCUCCGAAGUAGCAACGUUAAUGCGGAUGUCAGGGAGAUGAUGAGCUACUUUAGGAGAAUGAAGGACAUCAAUCCGAACUUCUUUUACGCGGUGAAGUUGGACGAUGAGUGUAAAUUUAAGAGUGCAGUAUGGGUUGAUGCAAGGUGUAGGGCGUCGUAUGAAUACUAUGGAGACGUCGUGUCAGUUGAUAGCACGUACAAUAGAAAUAGGCAUGGAUUACCGUUUGUGUCGUUCGUUGGGGUCAACCACCAUGGUAGGUCGACCCUCCUCGGUUGUGCUUUGUUGGGGAAUGAAGAAAUCGGAAGUUAUGAGUGGGUUUUUCUCCAAUGGGUGAAGUGCAUGGGAACUGCUCCAAAGUGUAUCAUAACCGAUCAAUGUCGAUCCCUUUACCGUGCGAUCAAAAAUACUUUACCCGACACACGCCACCGGUGGUGCAUUUGGCAUAUUAUGAAUAAGCUACCUUCGAAGCUUGGGGGUUACCGCCGGUACGGAGCUUUGUAUGGUGACCUAAACGACAUUGUGUGGAACUCUCGGACGGAGGAGUCAUUUGAAGAUGAUUGGGCUGAUUUUAUAGAUGAGUACAACUUACAUAACAACACAUGGCUGUCAGAUCUGUAUGAUGACCGACGCAUGUGGGUCCCAAUAUACUUCAAGGGUGAAUUUUGGACAGGAAUGCGGAUCAAGGAGCAGAGAGAACUGGAGGAUGAUGCUGCAGACUCGAGGGGGGUUAUCCCUUGUGCAACUACCUCGCCUAUAGAGAAACAGUUUCAGCAAGAGUAUACCACGAGCAUUUUUAGGGAUGUUCAAAUUGAGUUUGUGAGGAAGGCUAACUGCAGAGUUUCUGCAGUUGAUGAACAGGGUCCAGUGGUCUGCGUGAAGGUGAAAGAGGAGAAACUACUCAACGAUACUAUUCUAUGCGUUCCGUAUGAUGUUCACUUUGACCGUUCCACACAUGAGCUUCGUUGUGAAUGCAAUCUUUUUGAGAGUUCAGGUGUGUUAUGCUGUCACUGCCUUGAAGUUUUCCAUUCGUAUAAAGUGUACAAAGUACCGUCCUGUUAUAUUCUUCCUCGAUGGAGCAAGAAGAUAAAGCGCAAGCAUACGUAUGUCAAAAGUAGCCAUGAUGUCAGUCGGUCAGAUGAGAGUCAUGUUGCAUUUAGGGAACUGUGUGCACACUUCUAUAAUGUUGCUCAAGAGUUCCUCGGUGAUGAUGAAGAAACAGCAUUGCUGCAUGUUGCCUUGGAAGAAACAAGGGCCAAGUUGGCUACGCACCGUGCCAAAAAGAGGUCCGAGAGAAUGGCAGAGACUCAGACCAACAUUGGCUCUCAGAGUUCGAAUGAUGUCGGUGUUGAUGACAUCCAAGGCCCAUCGAAGGUCACCACAAAGGGCAGGCCAAAGAGUAAGAGGCUUGGCUCUGCCCUUGAGAAGUCCAUCAAGAAUUCAAGACGGAGAAAACAAAAGAAUUCACAUCCGGUGGUUCGUCCGCACACAUUUCAAGAUAUAAACCAUUGUGAUGUUUCUAGCCUGGAUGUUCCCAAACAAGACGGUGGUUUCAUGAUUCAUGUUAGUUUCAAGGUUCUAAGGCAGCUGUUGCAAAGUAUACAGUUUAAUAAAGUUGUUUCUGAUUUCUACACGCUUGACUAUAUAGUUUUUCGACUGGAUGUUCAUUUUAGUAAGUUAUUGGAUGUUCAGAUUAGCUAUAUUGGCGGAUGGAAAAAAAAUGUCAUGGAAUCAAGUCUUUCUAAUGUGAAAAAUAACAAAGCACUAAGCAUGUCAACAGUAAGUAAACUCAGUAUAACAAAGUAG